AUGUCCGAAGAAUCCAAGAUAACCGAGCCUAUAACGGAAGACAUUCACAUCGACACUGAAGAAGUUGUCGAAGAAGUCAACGCCGAUACUACACAAACCGGCGCUAGCAAGAAAAAGAAGAAGAAAGGGGGGAAGAAGGUCAAAAAGGCAGCAGCUAGUAACGAUGUCGAGUCUGAAGCUUUGGAAACAGCAGAAACGGGAGAAAGUAGCGAUAUGGGCUCUGGAAUGGUUAAAAAAAUUCUGAAGAACAACCCCAGCUUAGCUGCAGAAACUCAAGGGAUGGAUCCGAAGAAGAUACAGGAGAUGUUGAGCAGGCUGAAACUGGAGGAAUUAAUGACAGGAAUGGCACCGGGGAAAAACCAGAAAGAUAUGGCGUCGUACAAGUUCUGGGCUACGCAACCAGUUUCGAGAUUUGACGAACCUGAGUCUCAGAAGCCAGAUGGACCAGUGCGAGUGCUGAAGAUUGAGGACGUACCAACAACAGGAGCUGAGCUUGUUGAUGGAUUCGAAUGGGAUACCAUGGAUCUGAACGAUGAGAAACAGAUCAAUGAAGUUUACGAACUACUUACCAAUCACUAUGUCGAAGACAAUGAUGCCAUGUUCCGCUUCAACUACUCUGCGUCUUUCAUUAACUGGGCCCUUAAAUCACCUGGUUGGGUCCAGUCUUGGCAUGUCGGUGUCCGUGUUGCUGCGACAAAGAAGCUCGUCGCCUUUAUUUCAGGUAUACCGGUCACUUUGAAGGUUCGCGACAACGACCUAAAAUGCUCUGAGAUCAACUUCCUCUGUAUUCACAAAAAACUACGCGCCAAACGUCUCGCACCCGUACUUAUUAAAGAAAUCACCCGGAGAUGUAAUCUGCUGGAGAUCUGGAACGCCAUUUACACCGCUGGAGUCGUGCUACCAAAGCCUAUUUCCACGUGUAGAUAUUAUCACCGCAGUUUGGAUUGGCUCAAGCUCUAUGAUGUUGGCUUCUCACCGCUACCGACAAAGAGCACAAAAGCGAGGCAGGUUUCUAAAUAUUCGCUGCCAACAAACACAGCAACGCCUGGAUUAAGAGAAAUGGAGCUAAAAGACUUGGAUGCAGUCCAUGGAUUACUUGAGAGAUACUUGGCGAGAUUUGAUUUGGCGCCAAAAUUCGACAAAGUAGAAAUUAAACAUUGGUUAUUCAACGAGGAAAGCAAGCCUGAGGAUAGGGUUGUUUGGUGUUACGUUGUGGAGACGGAUGGAAAAAUAACCGACUUCUUUUCAUUUUACUCCCUCGAAUCCACAGCCUUGAAAAAAAAUACCACUAUCCGUGCUGCCUAUCUUUUCUAUUACGCCUCUGAGGCUGCCUUCAGCGGUUCUCCAGAUGUGAAGAAGGAGCUCAAGGUCCGACUCAAUGCGUUGGUAAAUGACGCUCUUAUCCUCGCAAAGAGGCUCAAUUUCCACGUAUUCAACGCGUUGUCACUCCUUGAUAACUCGCUUUUCCUCACGGAGCAGAAGUUUGGCCCUGGUGAUGGAUCCUUACAUUAUUACCUUUUCAACUGGAGGACACCAUUCAUUAAGGGUGGAAUUGAUGAAAAGAAUAACAUCGACGAAGAGAACGGCAGUGGGAUUGGUAUGGUCAUGCUUUGA